UUCCCUGGUGUGAGGGAAUCGUGUCCUUCAGUAUAUGUUUCUGUGUUCCGUGGUUCCGUUUCCACAUAUAUAUCUUGGUGGGAAAUCAAGGAGCGGUCGCGAGCGCAACAAUGGCGAUCCGGUGCCUCUCGUCCCCCUUCUCUCCUCCUUCGGCUCCGUUGAGGCAUAAAAUCCUCGUCUCCAAAGCCCCCACUCUGAUAUUAGCCUGUCGCCACCGCUCGAUUGCCCUAGAAGAUAAGAAUCAUCGAUUCCGUUCGGUGGGUAAAGCCAUGGUAUCGGCGGAGAAGGAUCUUGUCGCCAAUGAAGUAGCCAAGGAUGCUGAUGAUACAGAUUAUGGAGUUGUCAGCAUUCACCAUGUUGGUUUGCUUUGUGAAAACCUUGAAAAGUCACUUGCUUUUUAUAAGGACCUUCUUGGUCUUGAGAUUAAUAAAGCAAGGCCACACGAAAAACUUCCAUAUAGAGGCGCUUGGCUCUGGGUGGGUUCCGAGAUGAUUCAUUUGAUGGAGCUUCCAAAUCCUGAUCCCUUGACAGGACGCCCUGAGCAUGGUGGCCGAGAUCGUCAUGCUUGUAUUGCAAUUCGAGAUGUUUCCAAGCUUAAAGCAAUAUUUGAUAAAGCUGGGAUCGGCUACACACUUAGUCGCUCAGGAAGGCCCGCGAUCUUUACGCGAGACCCAGAUGGCAACGCACUGGAAUUCACACAAGUUGAUUAACGAACUAAUGGUCUUCCAAGAUUUUUAUGUAAUAGGAAAAAAGAAUACUUGCAGAACUUAUUUCAAAAAAAUGUUGGACCCCAGUGUUGUGCAGGAUAUUAUUAUAUAUUAAUUAUCCUGUAAUAGCUAAGAAGUUCUUGUGUCCAUGCUUUGCAUGUCUGUAAAGUUAGUGAUCUGGGGUGAUAAUAUAUGUACCUGGUAUUUAAGUUCA